AAUUGAAUUAUCUAUGGGUUUGUGACGUGGCAAUCUCUCCACCCUUCUUCAACCAUAAACCUCUUGAAUCCUAAAUUCCUAAUAUCCUAUCAUAACUUCAUAAGAAUUUUUUGUUUCUAAACAUCAAUUUGGCAUCAAAAUUAAAUAUUGUAAUUAUCUAAAGUAUCAACUUUCAUUUUUAUUUUUUUUCUCCACUUCAUUUCAUUACAUAAUUACGUUAAUAUUUUUUAUCUUAAAAUCAACAUUUAACCAAUGGGAGUCAUCAGAUUCUAUUGAAUAGAAUGAAACAGAAAAUAUGGGAGUAUUAUCAGUGGCUCAUAAGCCAAACCCAGAAAGAUUACUAAUUCAUUCAUCUUCUUAUUAUCAUCAAAAUUUCCCAAUUUCUGCUUUCUCUCACCUCAAGGUGCAGAGAAUUAACUCAAAGUGCAGCAUUUUUUCUGGGAAACAAAGCAGUUAUGUUAGAGGUCAAUUUGUUUCAAGCAAUUUUUUUAAAUUUGAUAAUUGUGUACGUAAGAACAUUCAAGCUGGAAAUGUGGUUUCACCAACUUGUGUGCUCCCAUUAACCGAAGAGAAUGUGGAGAAGGUGCUGGAUGAGGUACGCCCUGGCCUUAUGGCCGAUGGAGGGAAUGUUUCAUUACACGAAAUCGAUGGUUUGGUAGUAGUGCUGAAGCUGGAAGGAGCAUGUGGGUCAUGCCCAAGUUCAGCUAUGACUUUGAAGAUGGGGAUUGAAACUCGUCUUUUGGAUAAGAUCCCUGAAAUUUUGGAGGUAGAGCAGAUCCUAGACACCGAGACUGGCCUGGAACUCAAUGAGGAAAAUGUCGAAAAGCUUCUAGCCGAGAUUAGGCCAUACUUGGCGGGCACCGGAGGUGGGGUUCUUGAACUCGACAAAAUUGAAGAUUAUGUUGUCAGAGUGCGGCUCAGUGGACCUGCAGCUGGGGUGAUGACAGUACGCGUUGCCAUUACACAGAAACUAAGAGAGAAAAUCCCUUCCAUUGCUGCUGUCCAGCUGAUUGACUAAAAAUCCCAACCACAAAACAGAAUUUUGUUGGAGACAGAGAAGCUGAACUUCCAAGUUUAAUUUUUUCCUCUGCUAGAAUUUAUUUCAGAAGAUUGCCUCGGAAUGUUCACGUUUUUAAGAUGAUCAUUGCUCCCUCAAAUCCUCAAUACUUGGUAGAUUAUCAGACCCUACAUAUUGUUCAAGGCUGUGGAUAUACAUUUCUCUUGAAAGUGUUAAAUUUUAGUGUAUAGUUCCACAAAAUUCUUAGUGGUUACUUGUAUUUAUAUUGAAACAAAGUUUUCUGACCUUGUUAUCUACAAUAUAUUGGCUUCAAGGCCUUCACUUGAAUUUGUUUCUUUCA